UAUUGUUACAAUGGCGAGAGGACGCGAACGCGAUGCACCGUACAGGGACAUUGUUCAACGGGACAAACUUGUAUGAAUAAUGUUUAUGCAUGCGGUGGUAUAGCUGCACUGAGCAGUUGUGAUAGGAACGGUUCAUGUCCAAGCGACUUCAUUUGCUCAGCAUCAAAUUAUUGUUGUGAGUGUCCAUUCGGACGAACCAAUGGAUUUUGCUCUCAGGGAUGUGCAAAUGGUUAUACUUGUAAUACAAACGGAUAUUGCUGCCCGGUGUGUUCAAAUGGUGAAACACCUUUCGGCUCGUGCUACAACGGAUUAUGCGCUGAUGGAUAUGAGUGUCAAAAUGGCAAUAUCUGUUGUUUAGCAGCUCAGAAGUUCAAGUAUUCACGUCUUUAUUUCAUCAACAAAUCAUCAGGAAAUUGA